GAGAGAGUAGAGAACACACAGGAGAGUAGAAGAAGAGAAGCCAAUUGGAGGGAGCUCUAAAGCCAGUGGCAAGAAGAAGAGGACAUACUUAUCUUUUUUUCCCUUCUCUCUUUCUCUCUCUGAAAGGCCACUUUGGAAUCAAGUGGCAGCUGUUCAGUCCAAGCUGAACUUCACCUGGCUGUCUGUCUCAGCUUCUUCAAGCAGUUUACUCACUGCACUUUCAUACUACAGCAUUUAGAAGAGGUUGUACUGCUACUGGUGGUGGUCAGUCAUCCCAGAAAGAAAGGAGGGAUAGGAUCUGUCGGCUUGUUCCUGCAGUGUGGUGGAGUGCCGCAGGAGAGCAAGAUGCCUGCUGGGAGAAGCGGGGAUGGAGCUGGGUCAGUAGGCUGUGGGAUGGCAGCAGUGACAGCGGCCCCGGGACAGUUUUUUCACUCUGGACUGCGGAUGAUGCUGGCGUGGGGCAUCUUGGUGCUGGUGGCAGGUCGGGGAGGUGUGGAGGCGUGCCCCUCUCCCUGCAGCUGCCUGGGAAACACAGUGGACUGCCAUGGCCUGGGGAUCCACUCUAUACCCAAAAACAUCCCCAGAGGGACUGAGAGGCUUGAUCUGAACGGAAACAACCUGACAGUCAUCAGCAAGACAGACUUCUCUGGUCUCAAACACCUCAGAGUCCUUCAUCUGAUGGAGAACCAGAUCAGUAAUGUUGAGAGAGGAGCUUUCGAUGAACUGAAGGAGCUUGAGAGACUUCGCCUCAACAAGAACCGUCUCAGUCAAUUUCCAGAGCUGCUGUUUCAGAAGAAUGAAGCCCUGUCUCGACUGGACCUAAGUGAAAAUUUCAUCCAGGCCAUCCCAAGGAGGGCCUUCAGAGGAGCCACGGACCUCAAAAACCUUCAGCUGGAUAAAAACCACAUCAGCUGCAUAGAGGAGGGGGCGUUUAGAGCUCUGCGGUCCCUGGAAGUACUCACAAUGAACAACAACAACAUCAGUAGUAUUCCAGUCUCCAGUUUCAACCACAUGCCGAAGCUUCGCACCUUUCGUCUCCACUCUAACUCUCUGCGUUGUGACUGUCACCUGGCCUGGUUGUCUCCAUGGCUGCGGCAGAGGGCGGCUUUAGGCCUCUACACUCAGUGCAGCUCUCCUCCCACGCUGAGGGGCCUCAACCUUGCAGAGCUGCGCAAGAGCGACUUUGCCUGCCCAGGCAACGGUGGCAGUGCCUUCGUCCAGCCGUGUAGCCUGGCAUCCGGCUCCUGUCCUCCUAUGUGUUCCUGCAGCAACAACAUCGUGGACUGUAGAGGGAGGGGCCUAACUGCCAUCCCUGCCCACCUCCCUGAGGCCAUGACUGAGAUUCGUUUGGAGCAGAAUGGCAUCAAGUCGGUUCCUCCAGGCGCCUUCACCUCCUACAAGAAGCUUCGUCGAAUAGACCUGAGUAACAACCAGAUAUCUGAGAUUGCUCCCGAUGCUUUCCAUGGCCUCCGAGCUCUCAACUCCCUGGUUCUGUAUGGUAAUAAGAUCACUGAGCUGCCCAGCGGAGUGUUUGAUGGCCUGGCCUCUCUGGAGCUGCUGUUGCUGAAUGCCAAUAAGAUCCACUGCAUCAGAGCCUCAGUGUUCAAAGAUCUGGAGAAUUUGGCUCUGCUCUCGCUGUAUGACAACAAAAUCCAGAGUCUGGCAAAAGGCACCUUCAGCUCACUGCACAGCAUCCAGACACUCCACCUGGCCCAGAACCCCUUCGUGUGUGACUGUAAUGUGAAGUGGCUGGCUGACUUCCUGCGUUCAAACCCCAUAGAGACCAGCGGAGCACGCUGCGCCAGCCCUCGCCGCCUCGCCAACAAACGCAUCGCACAGAUCAAGAGUAACAAGUUCCGCUGCUCUGCCAAGGAGCAGUACCACAUCCCAGGUACUCAAGACAGGCGUCUGAGCUAUGAGUGUAACAGUAAGCCAGUGUGUCCUGCUAAGUGUCGCUGUGAGGCCAACGUGGUCGACUGCUCCAACCUCCGCCUCACCAAGUUCCCUGAACACCUGCCCUCCUCCACUGAAGAGCUGCGUCUCAACAACAACGACCUUUCCGUGCUGGAGGCCACCGGAGCCUUCAAAGGCCUGUCGCAGCUCAAGAAAAUUAACUUGAGCAACAACAAGAUCUCCGAGAUUGAGGAUGGGGCGUUUGAAGGUGCAUCCUCUGUGGUGGAGCUUCACCUGACAGCCAAUCACCUGGAGUCUGUGAAAGGGAGCAUGUUUAGAGGCAUGGAGGGACUACGCAUGCUGAUGCUGAGGAACAACAAGAUCAGCUGUAUACAUAACGGCAGCUUCACGGGUCUGGCCAACGUCCGGCUGCUGUCCCUCUAUGACAACCAGCUGAGCACCAUCCUGCCCGGAGCCUUUGACACGCUGCCAAACCUGUCCACGCUGAAUCUUCUGGCCAAUCCUUUUAACUGUGACUGCCGUCUGUCCUGGUUCGGGGCGUGGCUUCGGAGCCGGCGAAUCGUGACGGGGAAUCCUCGCUGCCAGGCCCCUGCCUUCCUCCGAGAGAUCCCACUGCAGGACGUAGCUGUACCUGACUUCCGCUGUGAGGAUGGCUCUGUUCUGGAGGACAGCAGCUGUGCCCUGGGGCCGCAGUGUCCCAGCCAGUGCACCUGUAUGGACACAGUGGUCCGCUGCAGCAACAAACACCUGCAGGCUCUCCCCAGAGGACUGCCCCGCAACGUGACCGAACUGUAUCUGGAUGGUAACCAGUUCACCAGUGUUCCUAAGGAGUUAGCCACUUUCAAAUAUCUGCAGCUUGUAGAUUUGAGCAACAAUAAAAUCAGCUCCCUGUCUGAUGACUCCUUCUCCAACAUGAGCCAGCUCACCACUCUGAUCCUCAGUUACAACUCUCUACGCUGUAUCCCUCCUCUUGCACUGAGUGGCCUGCGCUCUCUGAGACUGCUCUCUCUCCAUGGCAACGACAUCUCUGAGCUGCAGCAGGGCAUCUUCAGCGACGUGGCCUCCCUGUCUCACCUAGCGAUUGGAGCCAACCCUCUGUACUGUGACUGUCGCCUUCUCUGGCUCUCAGACUGGGUGAAGAGCGGCUAUAAGGAGCCAGGUAUCGCCCGCUGUGCCGGUCCCCGUGGUAUGGAGGGCAAGCUGCUGCUCACCACUCCCGCCGACAAGUUCCAGUGUCUGGGUCCGGUAGAGGCGUCUGUUCAGGCCAAGUGCAGCCCAUGUGUGGCCUCUCCCUGCCAGAACCAGGGUGUCUGUCAAGUCCACCACACAGAACUGUACACCUGUACCUGCAAGUCUGGCUUCACGGGUAAACACUGUGAGACUCCAGUUGAUGCUUGUGUCAGUAAUCCCUGCACUAACGGAGGAAUCUGCCUCAGUGAUGAGCAGACCCGGGGGUUCAGCUGUGCAUGUGCAUUUGGUUUCCAUGGUAUGUUCUGCGAGGUGAACGUGGACGACUGUCAGGACCACGGAUGUGAGAACGAUGCCACCUGUGUGGACGGAGUGGGCAACUACACCUGCUUGUGUCCUCCAAACUACACAGGCCUGUUUUGUGAGGAAGAGGAGGGUGUGUGUUCUCCAGGUAGAAACCCCUGUCAGCAUCAGUCCACCUGCGUCAGCACUCAUAUCGGCCCCAGGUGUGUGUGUAUUCCAGGCUGGGUGGGGCCAGACUGCAGUAUAGAUUAUAAUGAAUGUGUGGACCAUCGCUGUCAGAAUGGAGCUCAGUGUGUCGACCAUCUGGACGGCUACAGCUGCGUCUGUCCACAGGGAUACAGUGGUACAUUUUGUGAGGUGGCCCUUCCUCUCCAGUCACUCUGCCGUGUGGCUCAGUGUCAGAACAGCGCCCCCUGUGUGGAGAAGACAGGGACUGCGGUCUGUCAGUGUUUGCCAGGCUUUGAGGGUCAGAGCUGUGAGAAGCUGGUCAGUGUUAACUUUGUCGACCGAGAUUCUUAUGUUCAGCUUCAAGAUGUAAAGAACUGGCCUCAAGCCAACAUCACACUGCAGGUGUCAACAGCAGAGGAAAACGGCGUCUUGCUCUAUAACGGAGACAACGAGCCAAUCGCUGUGGAGCUCCAUCAAGGUCAUGUAAGGGUCACAUAUGACCCUGGGAACCAGCCUGCCACUGCUAUCUACAGCACUGAGACGGUGAACGACGGGCAGUUUCACACUGUAGAGCUUGUGACGUUUAAUCAUAUGGUGAACCUGUCUGUGGACGGAGGAGAGCCGACAACUCUGGACAGUCAGGGCCGGAGCCAGCUGGUGACGGGGGAGGCGCCUCUUUACGUUGGAGGUAUGCCUGAGGAGGUGAUGCCCGCCUCUCUGGGUCUCUCGUCUCAGACCCUCAACACGUCUAGUUUCCAUGGCUGCAUCAGGAACCUCUACAUCAACCACGAGUUGCAGGACUUUACCCGCAGCCACAUGAAGCCGGGGGUGGUGCCCGGCUGUCAGGCCUGCCGCAAACUCUACUGUCUGCAUGGCAUCUGCCAGCCCAACGCUGCUCAGGGUCCCCAGUGUCACUGCCAGACAGGUUGGACAGGACAACACUGUGACCAGCCAAUAACAGGAGGCCUUACUGGAACGGAUGUUGUCACCACAGCAACUGGUGUCAACCCGUGUGAAGGCAACAAGUGUGUGAAGGGUGUGUGUGUGGCACUGGACGCUAAGACGUACCGCUGCGACUGUGAGGAGGGAUAUCGCGGUGCGUUGUGUAACCUGCAGGGGGAGUCAGCUGGUUCGUGCCAGGGUCUACAUUGUUUGCAUGGCCAGUGUCAGAAGACAGAGGAUGGAGAGCAUUGCGUCUGUGAGCAGGGAUACACCGGAGAGAGCUGUGAUAUAGAGUCCCCGUGUCGAGGUGAGCCGGUGAGAGAUUACCACCGGCUGCAGCACGGGUCCGUCCUCUGCCAGACAUCCAAGCCUUUCUCCUGGGUUGAAUGUCAGGGUCGGUGCCAGGCGGGAACCGAGCCGACUGCCACCGUCGCUUCCUGCUGCGCUCCUCUGAGGGUACGACGUCGGCGUCUCACCUUCGAAUGCGACGAUGGAACCUCAUUUACGCAGGACGUGGAGAAGCCUGUGGAAUGUGGCUGCAAGGAGUGUGUGUAGUACUGUGGAAGUAAUGGUGCGCACAUACACACAUGCAGACACACACACGUCCAAGCACAACACACACACACACACACACACACACCAAGGUAAAGAGGUUCACACACUGUAGGGAUUCUGUCACUGAUAAAUGGAUAUUUUUGUGUUUGUUUUGUGUGUUUUUGCGCACAGACGCCGUUUUGUAACAUAAGACAGUUCUUCCCUCUUUAAACAUGAAAUCAACGAGUCAACCUCAUCGUCAUCUUCCUCCUCUCCACCUGCUCCAGGCAGGAGAACCUGUGUGCUAACUACCUAACUCCAGCU